CUACGCUCCAACACACGUGCAGUAAAAAUAUAAACAAAAACGAUGGACACGACAGAGAUAACCUCAGAAAUCACACACGUGAAAGCAACCACACCGUCAUGUUGUGUGUGUGGAGAAAACCCAGUGAAGUACCGGUGUCCUCGCUGUUUUGUCCAAACCUGUGGCCUGGUCUGUGUGAAACAACACAAGAUAAAUGCAGCAUGCAGUGGCAUUCGAGACAAAACUGGUUACAUCGCAGUGAAAAACUUCACUGACACCAGUCUUCUUAAUGAUUACCGGUUCCUGGAAGAAGGUGGUAGAAAGUCGGAUAAUGCAGGAAGAGAUUUUCUGCCGAAAUAUAAACGAAUACCAAAGCGGUUGCAUCAGCUGAUUCGUCAAGCUAGACACCGAGGUAUUGAUCUUAAACUGUUGCCUUACCCCAUGACCAAAAGGAAAAUCAACUCCUCCUCUUACAUGUUCAGGACAAAACUGAUAAUGUGGCAUAUAGAAUGGUGUUUUCCACAAGCUGGUGAAACAUACACAGACAAACAUGUGAAAGAAUGCACUCCUCUGGACGAAGAACUUGAGAAAUACAUACACCCGACCAAAUCUGACCCUAUCAAGCGCCACAAGCUGCAGAAAUAUGUCAGUGCUGGCUUAGAGACAUGUCAAUUGUAUCUCAAGGUGGAAGGGAUGCCCGCAAAUAUGGUCAGAUAUCACCUACUUGAUGCACAUAAGUCCAUCACAGACAACUUGUCAGGGAAAUGUAUUGUAGAGUUUCCUAAAAUCUACGUGGUCAUGGGUAGCAGUGGUAGUGUUUACCCUGUUAUUACAGAAGAAGAAGAAAGAGAUUUGUGGAAGUCUGCAAAAAGAUACAACAUUCAGAUGAACAAAAAGCAUGAAAAAAGUAUAUCUUCAGAACAAAAAGAUAAAAAAACGUCACCAGUGCAGAAAGAAUGCUCAAAAGAGUUACAAACUGUAACAGUGCAGGAAGAAUCCUCAAAUGAGUUACAAACUGCCCCAAUGUGGGAAGAAUGCUCAAAUGAGUUACAAACUGCCCCAAUGCGGGAAGAAUCCUCAAAAGAGUUACAAACUGCGCCAAUGCUGGAAGAAUCCUCAAAAGAGUUACAAACUGCCCCAAUGUGGGAAGAAUACUCAAAUGAGUUACAAACUGCCCCAAUGCGGGAAGAAUCCUCAAAUGAGUUACAAACUGCCCCAAUGUGGGAAGAUUCGUCAAAUGAGUUACAAACUGCGCCAAUGCUGGAAAAAUCCUCAAAUGAGUUACAAACUGCCCCAAUGCGCGAAAAAUCAUCAAAUGAGUUACAAACUGCCCCAAUGCGGGAAGAAUCCUCAAAAGAGUUACAAACUGCGCCAAUGCGGGAAGAAUCCUCAAAAGAGUUACAAACUGCGCCAAUGCGGCAAGAAUCCUCAAAAGAGUUACAAACUGCCCCAAUGCGGGAAGAAUCCUCAAAUGAGUUACAAACUGCCCCAAUGCGGGAAGAUUCGUCAAAUGAGUUACAAACUGCGCCAAUGCUGGAAAAAUCAUCAAAUGAGUUACAAACUGCCCCAAUGCGGGAAAAAUCAUCAAAUGAGUUACAAACUGCCCCAAUGUGGGAAGAAUCCUCAAAAGAGUUACAAACUGCGCCAAUGCUGGAAGAAUCCUCAAAAGAGUUACAAACUGCCCCAAUGCGGGAAGAAUCCUCAAAUGAGUUACAAACUGCCCCAAUGCGGGAAGAAUCCUCAAAUGAGUUACAAACUGCCCCAAUGUGGGAAGAUUCUGAAAAAUCAAAUGAGUUACAAACUCUGCCAAUCAAAUGA